AGGUGUGGUGAUGAGGGAAGGCCUCCCUGAGGGGCUGGAGUUUGAGCAGAGACCUGAAGGAGGCAAGAGUGAGCCAUGUGGAGAGCUGCAGAAACAGCCUUAUAUGACCCCAUCAACCCGGACAGGGAGACUCUGGACCAGCCUUCGCUAACGGACCCCCAGCGCCUGUCCAAUGAGCAGGAGGUGCUGCUGGCGCUGGAGCCCCUGCUGGCCCAGGCCAACUUCUCCCCGCUCUCCGAGGACACCCUGGCCUAUGCUCUCGUGGUCCACCACCCUCAGGAUGAGGUCCAGGUGACGAUCAACUUGGACCAGUACAUCUACAUGCAGUUCUGGGCCCUGGGCCAGAGAGUCGGGAAGAUGCCUCGCAUGUCCAGCGUGGGCUCCAGGCGUUACUACUUCUUCAAGGCCACCCCUGCGGAGAGGAGAUACUUUAAGCGGGUGGUGCUGGCGGCCCGCACCAAGCGGGGGCACCUGGUGCUGAAGAGCUUCAAGGACACGCCCCUGGAGGGCCUGGAGCAGCUGCUGCCCGAGCUGAAGGUGCGCACGUCGGCCCUGCAGCGCACGCUGCUCAACCUCUUCCUGGUGGUCUCGGGCGUGGCGGUCUUCGUCAACGUGGGCAUGGUGGUGCUCACCGACCUGAAGAUGGGCACCUCCCUGCUGCUGCUGUUCUUCGCCGUCUUCAUGGGCGUGCGGGCCACCAAGGUAAGCCUGGGUCCCGGCUCCUCGGCAUUCCGCGGGAAGCUGGCGCACAUGCUCUACUACCGCAGCACGUCCAACAACUCGGAGCUGCUCAGCGCGCUGGCCCUGCGCGCGCAGGACGAGCACGUCAAGGAGGCGCUGCUGGCGCACACCUUCCUGGCCCGGCGGCCAGAGGGCGCGAGCGGCCCGCCCGAAGAGACCUCCCGCUGGCUCCAGGCGGAGGUGGAGAACUGGCUCCUCACCCAGACGGGCUGUGCCGUGACCUUCAACGGAGCCCGGGCCCUGGGCCACCUGCAAGCCCUGACGGAGAGCGUGGGGACGUACCCGCCUUCGGGGUUCCCCAAACUAGACCCGUUGGCGACGGACACUUCCCCCGCAGGCCCCGCCCCGCAGUGA